CAAGGGACCAUUCUUUCUGCGGAUACAAAUCUCGCAUCUAACCUUGCAUUACUUGCGCCUUUUUGUCACCAUGCCUCAUAUUGACCCUCCAGAGACACCUGCAGCAGAGGGGACUCCCUCCGAACCCUUGACAAGACUACCCUUUCCUCCGAUUACAUACUCCCACAUCUUGAACUGCUCGUAUCACAGCUGGCAACCUCGGUACCGGUCGUUUGUCCCCAAAUCCCGAGUGAUUCCCCUCAGCACCCAGUUCGUCUCCUACCUGCGUGCCGACGGUAUUGUUCUGCCGCCGGAGGCUGCCCCGCCCACAGACGACGACGAUGAACUCGACACCUUCUCCGACGAUGGCGAAGCCGAAGAGGCAGACCCGUCAGUCGAGUGGCCCGAGAUUCACUCCCAAAUCAAGUCCACGAUCAGCGAAUACGGGGGGAAAGUGACACCGAAGCUGAACUGGAGUGCUCCGAAAGAUGCAACCUGGAUGUCGGCCACCAACGACUUACAGUGCCGCACGCCCAACGACAUCUAUCUGCUGCUGAAGAGCAGUGAUUUCAUCACUCAUGACCUGGAACAUCCCUUCGAUGAUUGCGUUCCCAACGCUGCCGCCGCUGAUGCCGCAACUGCCGAUUCCGCGUCCUCCGAGACUCCGCCUGAGGUCCCCUACCACCUCAUCCUCCGCAAAUACGUCAACUUCAACCCGUCUCUCGAAUUCCGGUGCUGGGUGCGCAACCGUGUGCUGCUCUGCAUCUGCCAGCGCGACCAGAAUCACUUCGACUUCCUGUUCCCCAUGCGCGAUGCGCUCCGGUCGCGUAUCCAAGCGUUCUUCGACGACAAGCUGAAGAGCACGUUCCCCGAUCCGAGCUUCGUGUUCGACGUCUACAUCCCGCCGCCCCACGAGAAGGUGUGGCUAAUUGACAUCAACCCGUGGGCCGAGCGGACCGAUUCGCUGCUGUUCAGCUGGCUCGAGAUUCUGACGAUGAAGGACCCCGUCGGUAUCCUGGAGGAGGAGGAAGACGAUGGCGCGGAAGAGCAGUUCGUUCGGUUGUCUCUCCGCGGUGCCAACGGUGCAGUGGAGGAGGAGGAGGAGGAGGAGGAGGCAGAAGAGCCCGAGUCCGAGUCCGAGUCGGAAUCCGAGAACGAGGGCGGGGACGAUGACGAUGCCCCGCUGUUCGCGGAGUUCCGGCUGGUGAAGCGUGAUGACCCCGAGGCAUAUGCUUUCACGACGCCACAGUACUCGGCACAUAAGUUGCCCAAGGAAGUGGUGGAUGCCUCCCUUACGGGCCCCGGGGGCAUGAGCGAGUUCCUCGGGCAGUGGCAGGAUAUCCUUGCCAAGCAGACCCAGGAAUCCGAUUCGGACGAGUGAUGUUUUUUAUGAAAUGAAAUUACUAGGUUAGGUGAUGGUGUUCAGGUUUCGAGGGCGUUCUUGAAAAUAGAAUCUGUGAUAUCAGAAUUAGGCUUUAUGAAUUCA